ACCGUUGGCCUAAACUGAUAACAGCUGUAGUAUAUCGGUUUGACACCUCAAGACGGCUUCCGUGUACCUACGCGCGAUACAGUCUAUUCGUAAUCUCACCGGUAGCUAAUUUUUCUCUCGCUGUUUUUCGAUUUUCUCUUUGAUUUUUUCCCAUUUCUACACGUUUGUUUGUUUUUCUUGUAUUUUUUCGUUCGUUUUAUCGCACGUUUUAACCCGAGUUUUUAAUUCAUACGACGUUUUCGUUUAUUAUUAUUUUUUUCUUGUCAACGUUCAGUGCUGAAUUCGGAUUGUUUUUAUUUAUUACACUUACCUAUUAAUUGAUAUGCGAUAAUUUUACACAUUCGGACUUUUUUACGUAUACUCGUGUUUCGUAUUCGGAUGUUGAUCAGUGUUAUAUUUCAACUAUGAAAAAUUUUGAUUGUUUACAUCGUAUCUUUAAGUUGAGAAAUAUUGAAACACUCGAAGGUUGUCUUUCACUAUCCUGGGAAGUAUCAGUUUGCUGAGGAGGGCCACCGUUUUGGUGUGUCCCUCUUCGUACAAUAUGUCACGGUACACAAACAUACCAACAGUAGAUAUUGCUACGUCUCGUUGUCUUCAGACGGCAUCUUCAACACAUUCUUCAUCAUCUAGUCCGCCAACUACCAGAUCUUCAUCUUCACCGAUAUCCGCCAUUAGAACCACGGCCAUAACCAGUCCUUCCAUUGGUACCAAUCAAAAUAGCCCGACGAAUUGCGCGCCCAGGUGUUGCGACACCGGCAGACCGCUUUUCACCGAUCCUUUAACCGGCCAGACUAUCUGUUCCUGCCAAUAUGAUAUUUUAAAUUACCAAAGAUUAGCUGCUUCCGGUGCUACAGGGUUACCAACGUUAUCAAUGUACGGAACACCAUAUCCAGAAGGUAUGGCCGCCUAUUUUCCCGCCUUGGGAGCCGAUCAAACACCAUUCUACACGUCUGCGGCUGCGGCGGGAUUAGAUUUAAAGGACAAUCUAGCGUCAGGAGCUGCCUGGCCUUAUCCAACCGUUUACCAUCCGUAUGACGCCGCCUUUGCCGGAUACCCUUUUAAUGGAUAUGGCAUGGAUUUAAACGGAGCUAGAAGAAAAAACGCUACGAGAGAGACAACUAGUACUCUGAAAGCGUGGCUUAAUGAACAUAAAAAGAAUCCUUACCCGACCAAGGGUGAAAAAAUCAUGUUAGCCAUUAUAACGAAAAUGACGUUAACCCAAGUAUCCACGUGGUUUGCUAAUGCUAGACGACGACUAAAAAAAGAGAACAAGAUGACUUGGGAGCCAAGAAAUAGGGUCGAAGACGAUGAUAAUAAUAACGACGAUGCAUCCGAUGGCAGAAAAAGCGUCGAUAAUAAAGACAAUUUAGAUUCCAAAGAUUCCGGCACGGCUUCCAGCGAAGACGGUGAUCGUCCGGCACACCACAGCUUAGACAUGGUGGAUCGACCGAUCGGCGGCGGUGCUCUGGAUACGGGCAGUGAAUGGAGCGAAUCGAGACCAGACAGUGAGCCCGAAUCGCCCGAAUGUCUUUACGAGCAACGAUCGCAGCACCUGUUGCAUCCGGCUUAUCACGGCCAUCCUCAUCUUAAUUCUAGAUUUAACCCUCCGUCGUCACCCAGUCUGCACCAAACGGAUACCUCGUCGCCGAUAACCAAACCUAGAAUAUGGUCUUUAGCGGACAUGGCAACCAAAGAAAACGAUGUCCGGACAUCUAUCUCGUCCAGCAGCGUUUAUUCUACCGGUAAAAUGGUACCAUCGUUGGCAGGUCGUGGUCCGCUACCGCAUCCGGCCAACUACGCCCGCCACCACGAAUUCUACCGCAAUUUCUACGGUCCCCAUUUGGCCGGAGCAACCAGCGAUAUUCUAGAAAGCUAUUCGCGGACUUUGGGCGCGACUUUCAACAACAACGGUAACGCAACACCUCCUUUUACGUCCGUAGCCGCAGCAAUGGUCGCGGCCGCAGCGGCCGCAUCUUCCAGCGCCAACUCUCCGUCGGCGCCUUUCGAUUUGGCAGUUACCGCCGGCGCUUCAUCUACCUCAUCUACCGAAUCGUCGCCUUCAGAUUCCACGCCUAGUUUAAACCUUUCCAAUUCCAUAGCCAAAUCUGCUGCUGAUAACGUGCAAAGAGCUUAAAUUAAUCAUGGCGGCGGUGGCCCAAGGAACUAGGUGAUUGCAUAACCUGCUCCUUUUACCACAGGUAUGUCGUUUUCAUUAAAAAUUAAAUAAAAGCUAGUCCAGAGAAUUUUUUUUCAACACAUAUCUCGAAAAAUUGUUUUCUUUUUUCCUUAUUCAUUUUUUCCUUUUUUUUUCUUUAUUCUUUUGUUUCUUUGUUUGUUUGUUCGUUUGUUUGUAAUUUGUAUGUACGAUUUUUUUUUCUAUGUAUUAUGUUGUUAAAUGUGAAAUGAAAAAUUUCGUCGGUUUCUUUCUUCACUUUUUUUUCCUAGAAGAAAUCGACGUUUUGAAAAAAAUUUCCAUUUAAUUUACUAUUAUACUUUUCACUGUAGAUUUUUAUGUUCAAUGUUUAGUCUUUUGUGGCAAUAUUGUGAUAUGUAUAUAAAAUAAGUCAAGUUCCAUUUGAGCCCAUUUUACUAUACCUACGUAUUUAUCGUCAUUAUCGGUGUAAAUUAGGGUGGUUCUGAUUUACCUAUCUUUGGGGAUUUUUUUUUUGAAUUUUUUUACCCUCAUCCUACGUACAGUUGUUGGGUUUUACGAGGAAAAAAUCGUUUCAUUUUUUUUUCAACUUUUCAAGUGAACAAGUUGUAUCAGAAAGCCUUAUAAAAAGGUACCUCUACCUACCACAAAGCUGAAAAAAAUUCAAAAUUUUAUUUUAACGUCUCAAUGCGCAGUCUUUCUUGAGAAAAAGUUACCCUGAGAAUUAAUUUAGCCUUGGUACCUAUUAACUGUGUCUCUGGUGAGAAAUGAAUUGGCAUUGAAAUGACCAAAACUUCUCAAAUAUUACACAAAAAAAUAAAAAUAAUAAUUUUAAAAAAGUUGAAGCAAAGAGAAACUCAUUCUAUAACUGAUUUCCAAAAAAACAAACUAAUAAUGAAAUUCAUAUUAGGCAUUUUUUGGGAUUUUAAUUCUAAUUUUACAAAUCUCUUUGAACAGAAAAUAAUAUGUUUUGUAAGUAGGUAACCUGUGACUCAUUUUCAUGAAAAAUGAGCCAAAAAAAGAAAGAAUGGGAAGAGAAAAAGUCUUACUUAUCACAUAAUCUCUCCUGAUAUACGAUUAGAAAAUUAUUCUGGAAAUGAAAAGAUCAUCUCCCACUUUCCCUUCAAAAAAAAUAUAAGGAAUGCUUUUGUCAAGUUCGAUGAAAUUUUCAAUAAUUUGUAAAAAAAAAAAAAAAAUGAAGCUUCGAAGUUCAAAAAUUAUCUAUUUUUAAAGAUUAUUUUCAAAACGUUGAGGAAUUUUCAGCAAUCACGAGCUCCUUGCUUUUCAUUGAAGGAGCUUUGAUGAAAAUUGAAAAACAAACGUUUUCAAUUUUUCAUCAGGUUUGAAGAACUUGCGGCACCAUUCUGCAUCGACUCUACCAAAAAACCAAAAUAAGUAAAUUAUUAUUUCAUCGUAAAAUCCAUCAGUUUUGAGGAUAGAGGGUGAAAUUUCAUAAACCAAACUAUACAAGGACCACCCUAGUGUAAAUUUACUUCAUAUAAAUUGUACUUUCAUCAUUUUUCUUUUCUCUUUUUUCCUGUACUUGUUUUUUGUUUCGUUUUUUUUUCCACUGCGUACAAACUACUCGUGUAAUGUCGUGCACAUGCAAAUUCGUCGCUCGUUCACGUUUAAAUUCUCCCCUCUUCUUUCUCCAUUCAUUGGAACGAAAAAUAAAUCUGCUCUUUUUUUUCACGUCACUUUAAACAUACGAGAAGUAGUUAUACUGGCAUAAUUCACAACGGGUUUCCAAUCCAGCGAACUCGAACUCGAGUAUGAGUACCAAAGUAUACAUACGAUGAAGCAAGUCUAUCUAUGCAGUCGAACAGAUAACUCGUCAGUAAAACCAACCAAUCAAUAACGUUCAUCUUCUUACACAGAGAGAAAGGGGGACGAAAAUUAAACCGUAAUUAUAGGGUUGUGUGCUGAGAGUAGGUACUUCGUACGCCACUAUUUACAAAUCCCCUAUUCUCUUUCGUAUAUUGAAUAAUAAUUGUGUGUGUAGCAGUAGCACAUACAACACUUUGGAAAACGUUUUGUCAUAUCGUAUUCGUCAUUUUGAAGCUUUUAUUUUGAGCCAAAUACUAGAUGCAGGGAUGCUCAUGAACCGGAAAAAUUGUUUUUAUGCGAGGAUAUCUACCUAGAUGUGUGAUUGAUACUUAGAUGUUGUUUAUUUAGUAUUUAUUGUUUCGAGCCCUGGUGGUUUUUUUCCUCUCUGCGUGGAAUAAAAUGAGAAUUCAUUUUGUACUGAGCGAUUGAAAAGGUUGGUUAUUUGUUCAGGAUAUACUUAGGUACGUAGGUACCUCACCUACCAAAAAAGAACUUCAUUUCAAGUUGGAACAAUUUUUUUUUUCAUUUUUUAAUUAUUAAUAUUGAUCUCAGAAAAAAAUUGGACAAUAUUUUUUAAAAUAAAAAUAUUAAUUCCCCCCUCUUUAAAAAAAAAAACUUUUAGAAAAAAAUUAUAACUUGGCACAAUCUUUGCAUUCUCACCCACCCAAUCCUCAAUCCACUUGCUCCAUCGUAUAUAAUUUCGUCAAAAAUUCAACUGUCACACUUAUUUCGACAAUUUCUUGACAUGAUAUCUUCUUGUUUUUUUUUUGGUUGCUGAAUUCUACCUAUCUAGUCAAUAAAUUUAUACACCACGCACUUGUUGAAAAUUUAGCUGCGUGGUUAUUGACCCAAACAUAUAGUUUUGACUUUAUCGAGGAUUGUAAAAUUUAUAAAUUUAUUGUAAACGAUAAAAAUGAUGAGCGGGCUUAUUGUUAAACGCGUAACUUGGCAAAUAAAUUUCAAACAAUCGUGCUUGGUUAAUAAAAAACGACACCACUUUGCGUAUCAGCACGACGAUGUGAUGCUACAGCAAAAAUAUAAAAUAGCAAAAAAAAAAAAGAGGAGAGAAAAAAAGUCGCAGGAAAUGCACGUUUAUUAUAAUAAACUCGCUCGUAAUGUUAUAUAUUUAAUGUCAAGUACGCGAUAAAAAGUAAUAAAUUUUUGGAUUGGGUACGAAAUUUUGUCGUUUAUACUUUCAAUGUUGCAUGUUGAUGUUUUUUUAUGAAAAAAAUUAUAAGGACAAUAUUACAGUAGUUUUCAAAAAUUUUCCCACUGAAUUGAAAUUAAAUUAUCAAAAGUGACGCGCGACUACCUACAUCGUAUAGUUUGAUCGCAUCGUACACGUAAAAAUAUAAGUUACAUAUUUUCAAGUUCGAAAUAGCCAAGCUUCUAUUUAUAUAGCAAUAAAAUGAAAUUUUCUCUUUUUAUUUUUUUUUUAAAUACGUAAUUUUAUAAAAUGUAAAUAUUAUUUAAAUGAAAAUUUUUUGUAACAUUAUGUGUAAAAAAAUGUAUAGCUUAUGUUACGAUUUUUAGUGAUGUGUUACAUUCUUAUUCAGCAUUAAAAAUACAGUUGUUAGACAAGUUUUCAA